AUGCUGAUAAUUGCAAAUGCUGUAGGUUUAUUUCAACUAGUAGCAUUGCCAAUGACCUUUAUAUCAUUUGUAUUUGAAGGCUAUAUUCUUUAUCCACUAGCAUAUGUUGCUUUGAUGCCUGACUAUAUGUGUGUUAGAGAUGGACUUCAUUUUCAUUGUCCAAAUGAGUAAACCUGCACAUCAAAAUAUAAUCAGCAUUCAGAUGGUCUUAUAGAUGGUUAUUAUGUCAACUACUCUAAUCAAACCAGUCUGAUAAACUGGGUGGAGCCACUUGGACUUAGAUGUGCUCCAGAUUGGUAAAUUGGUUUUCUUGGAGCAUCUUAUUUUAUUGGGAAUGUUUUGGGAAGCACCACACUCUCAAAAUAUGGAGAUACUAUGGGUAGAAUCAAGCUAUUAAGAAUUGGAUUUAUCUGCAGUGUUUUACUCUAUGCAUUACUUAUCUAUUCUAUGUAAAAUAUUGCGCUCACCUAUCUCAUACUCUUCCUACUUGGCUACUUAUCAUGUAUUAGACUUAACUUCAGUUUUAUUUAUGGAUCUGAGAUAAUUAAGACAACUCACUCCACAAUCAUCUGCAGCUUUUAUAACUUUUUCGAUGGAUUCACAAUGAUUUAGGCAAGUUUAUACUUCAAGUAUAUUUCUAAGGACUGGUUUUAUCUUUAUUGGUACUUUUUAGGAAUACAGAUAUUCGGUAUGUUUCUCAGUUUUAUGAUGCCUGAAUCACCAAGAUAUUUGAUAAGUAUUGGUGAUUUUAGGAGAGCAAGAUACUCUUUCGAUUUUAUAGCUAAAAUGAAUGGGAGGAAACCUCUUGAUCCAAUUAUUGAGAGAUUCGUCGAAGAGUUAGAGUACAAGAGUUAAAAAUUACUUCCUCAAUUUGGAGGUACUAAUAAGAACUAGGAAAAUAAUGAGGACAAUGACAUGUCCACAGUCUCGUCAAAGUCCGAUUUCUGGAGCUUAUUCUCGAUUAAAAUGUAUGUGAUCAAUAUCAUUAUGAUGAAUGUGGCCUGGUCAGCUUCAUCAUUUACCUAUUAUAUGGUUGGAUUUUACAUAAAGUACAUACCAGGAGAUAUAUUUUAAAAUGUGAUUAUAUCAUCACUAUCUGAGGCACUUGCUUGUCUAAUAUCUGGUUUUAUAGCACUUGUUAUUGGAACUAAAAACACCUUAUUGUUAUGCUUUUUGAUUGGAGGAGUUUUUGGCUUAGCUCUUGCCUUUUUGGAUCAGGAGUACGAACACUUGAUUUUAAUAUGCUUGCUUUUGUCCAAAUUUGGAGUAUCUAGUUCAUUGAGUUUAUGCUUCUUGGUCACAUCUGAAUAUUUCCCGAUCAUAUAUAGCGCCACUGUAUUUGGAGCAUGCAACAUCAUUGCCAGAGUUAUUUCUAUAUUUUCACCUUUGAUAGCUGAAAUAAACCCUCCUCUUCCAAUGAUUAUUUUUGGAAUAUUUUGCUUUAUGAGUGUUUUGGGAACUUCAUUCUUGAGUAAAGAUAAAAAGGCAGGAGCAGCUAUAGAUGAAGCUCUAAUGAAUGCCAGUCCUCUUAAUAGAGGUACUGGAAACACUGGAAGAAAUGUAGAUUAAUGA